UACGCAAUAAUGAUGCCAUCACUUGAGUCGAUAUCAAUAAGUCUUUCAUAUAUAGUGUUGCUGAUAUCAACCACUGGACGGCAAGGAACUGGGUUGAUUUAAGAACGGGAGCAAUUUCAGCUACAUUUGCCUGCUGAAAUUCACCAGAAGAUUACUAAAGAAUCUUCGAGUCAUGAUGAGACCAGCAGGAUUUAUACUGCUUCUGAUCGUGGCGUGUUUCUUCUUAACUUUGGGGAAGGUUUCUGCCGAUGAAAGUUCCCCAAAGAAGAAGCAGAAUCGCAACGAUGAUGUCCUUUUUGAUCGCUCAAGGAUCGUGAGUUGUUCGGGAAACGAGACCAUCUCGAUGUCGGCUGGUGACUACGAAUGGAUUACCUCGCACGAAAGCGACGAUGAUGCCCCAUACCCAAAUAACUUACAGUGUAUUUGGAUUAUAGAAGCACCAAAUAACUAUCGUGUGGCCUUACUCGUAGAUUAUUUCACUCUUGAAUUCGAUUAUGAUUUCCUUUAUUUCGGUAACGGUGACGAGCCUGGAGACCCAGAUGGUGAAUUAACUGGGACUUUAAGACGAGGCACGAGGUUUAUUUCCGAUGGUCGUACCAUAUGGUUAGCUUUCAUUACAGAUGAAAGCGUGCGCGAUCUCGGCUUCGGUUUCAACAUCACUGUCGUUCACAAGUCGGAUGUGAUGACUUGCGAUAACGAACAGAGAAUCAUUGAGGAUGACCUGUGUGAUGGUAUUGUCAACUGUGAAGAUUUGAGUGAUGAAACAGACUGUGGUGAUUGUGAUGAUUUCUCCUGUGCGAACGACAUAUGUAUCUCUGACGAUCUGGUAUGCGAUGGCGUCAAUGACUGUAUCGAUUUCUCGGAUGAAACAGACUGCCCCCUCUGUAAAAAGUUCAACCACAAACAAUGCUCUGCACGGCUCGGCUACAAGAAAUCGUACUUCCCCAACACCUUUGCCUCAUCUCGGAGGAACGCCAAACGAUGGUAUCGGAUCAUGCGACGCAUUGGCAACUGCCAUGAGAUGUUCCUUACAGCAGCUUGUAGUUCGCUCUUCCCUCAGUGCACUUCUGGUUCCUCAACCGUCCCAAGGAUGUGUAGGUCUCUUUGCUAUGAGAUAGAAGAGAAUUGUCAACGGGAUUACGAGACUCUUGUUGGUGAAGACUGGCCGGUAGAAUGCCACACUUUCAGUGAUGAGAACCCAGACGACGAUGGAUAUUUCUGCGAUGGACCGGAAGGAGAUUUUACUGGUGAAGGAACUUGCGGUGAACGUCCGUCAUUCAACCGAGUGGUUGGUGGUGUUGAUGCCAUCUAUGGAGAGUGGCCAUUCAUUGGCUCCUUACGCAGCCGACGAAAUCACGUCUGUGGAGCUACUUUAAUCCAUGAAGGAUGGGCUGUUACUGCAGCACAUUGUCUCGGAGCUUUCAGUUCCAUAACCCUUGGUGAUCUGGAGUUGGACAGUGAGAGUCGUGCGAGCUUUCAAACUGAUAUCGAGGAUCAGAUCGGACAUGAAUGGUAUGAUGAUGACACCACCGAUUACGACUACGCUAUGCUCAAACUGGCGGAAGGUGCACCAAUCGGGAACUACAUCCAACCGGCGUGUUUAGCUGAGUCACAGAGAGAACAGAAUGCAUACAGAAACUGCUACAUCGUUGGUUGGGGAACUACACAUGAGGAUGGGGAUGUAGCAAACACAUUACAGAAAGCCCAUGUGAAGUUGCUCGAUUUCAAUGAGUGUAACGCUGCAUACGACUGGGAAUUGGAUGACAAUAUUCAUAUUUGUGCAGGAUAUAUGGUUGGUGGCAUUGAUACGUGUCAGGGUGACAGCGGUGGACCGUUGAUAUGCGAGGGUAGUGAUGGGCGUCAACACCUUGUAGGUAUUACAAGCUUCGGAUAUGGGUGUGCUCGUCGGGGCUACCCUGGAGUAUAUGCCCGUGUCUCUACUGCUACUGAAUGGAUGAGAGAUGUUAUGGAACGAUACAGACCGCGAGAUUAAUUAAACUAAUUAAUGAGUCCUUGUAAUUGUUAAUAAAAAGGAGAAAUUUAGUAUAUCCCCUGCGAUGAAACAAUUAUUGAGCAUGUACUUUUUAGAGGCGUCGCUAUCUAGACACUUAAAGAAUUGCUUAUUUUUAGUGGAGCAUAUUCUCACUUCCUAUACACAAUCAUGGAAUUUGCUACCAGUUUUUAAAGUUAAGCAAAGAAUUUUUACUCCAUGAUCUUGUUUUCCAUUCAAUGGAUUGUAGCUAAGCUAGCAGCUCUCUUGAAUAAUUUCAUAUAGGAAUCAAACAACUGAAAAAUAUACCCUACUUAUAACCCUUUUAACAUGCAAAUUAUUCAAGGUUAUUUUGACUGUUUGGACAUGUGUGUGAAUUUGUUUUUCACUCGCGUUUGAUCAAAAUGUUUAUCUAGAGGUCCGUGGGCCGACACCCCCCCCAUGUUGAUUAAAAAUAACUUGAAUUUAUGUCAUACCGCCAAAUUAUAGGGUAUGAUCAUUUGCUGUGAUAUUACACCGACGUUAACAUAUUCAAUAUUUUGUGUACAUAAUUGAUGAUGAGAGUGAGACAAUGGUCCCUCCUCCCUGUGUGCUGUAAAAUUCUGGAACAACCAUGGAAACAAAUUAUGGAGAACAAGAAGGAAAUAGGAGGAAGAGGAGAGGAGGGGAAGGAGGAGAAAGGGGAAUGACAAAUGAAAAGAAUUCAAUAAGGAGGAAGGGGAAAACAAGAAGAAAAACAAAAUGAGGAAAAAUGAGGACAAACAGAGGUGUAAAAAGAAGAGUAAAAUAUGUAUGAGAAAAUAAAUGAAUGCAUUCUUGGCAGAAUUAAAAGAAAUGAUCAAGGGAAAUGAAUGAAAUUCAGAUGAGCAUGGUCAGAGAGUGUUGGGAAAACUUGAUUGAAAUCAUCUUGUAUACAAAUUUCCUUUUUUUUGUAAUUACAAUUUAAUCUUCGUAUGCUGUAAAGUAAAAAAAAAAUAGGAGUGCAAAGAUAGAAUAAAAAUAAAAUGGUUUAUAUCGUAUUUAAAUAUGUAUGUGAAACAUAUAUAUUGAUAUUGACAAGAUUGCCAGUGAUACAUAUAUGUCAGAUAUCUCGAUGUGCAGUGAAAAUAAAAUAUUUUAGAGUACAAACUA